AUGCCGGGGGCCGGGGGGCUGCGGGGGGGGCGGCCGCCCGCCCCCCCCCUCCCCCCCGGCCGCCUGCCCUCCAUCCGCUCCCGAGACCUCACCCUGGGAGGCGUGAAAAAGAAAACCUUCACCCCCAACAUAAUUAGCAGGAAGAUCAAGGAAGAGCCCCGCGAGGAUGUCUCCGUCAAGAAGGAGAAGAAGGAGCGGGACCGGGACCGGCAGCGUGAUGGGCAUGGCCGGGGCCGGGGCCGGCCUGAGGUUAUCCAGUCCCACUCCAUCUUCGAGCAGGGCCCUGCUGAAAUGAUGAAGAAGAAAGGCUCCUGGGACAAGACGGUGGACAUGUCGGACUUUGGCCCUUCCCACAUCAUCAACAUCAAGAAGGAGAAGAGGGAGACGGAUGAGGAGACGAAGCAGAUCCUGCGGAUGCUGCAGAAGGACGAUUUCCUCGACGACCCGGGGCUGAAGAACGACAUCCGUAACAAGCCGGUGCAGCUGCCGCUGGCCCACUCGGGCUGGCUCUUCAAGGAGGAGGCGGCAGAGCAGGAGGAGGACGCCCAGCCCUGGCUGCCCGGUCCUAAGGAGGAGAAGAUGGAGCUGGACCCGCCGGCGGUGAAAGUGAAAGAAGAGCCAUGCGACGAGGACCCCCUCCCCAAGCCAACGCAAAGCAAGGGACCCCCCGGUUUUCCCCGGGACAUCUCGGUGGCCGAGCUGCUGCAGCGGCUGGGGCCCCCCGAGGCAAAGCAGGCGGAGAAUAUCUGCACCCUGGCCGACCUCCCCGAGGGGCAGGUGGGGAAACUGCUCAUCCGUAAGUCGGGAAAGGUGCAGCUGGUGCUGGGCAAGGUGACUCUGGACGUGACCAUGGGGACCCCCUGCUCCUUUCUGCAGGAGCUGGUGUCUGUCGGCAUCGGGGACAACCGGACGGGCGAGAUGAUCGUCCUGGGCCACGUGAAGCACAAACUGGUGUGUUCCCCGGACUUCGAGGCUCUGCUGGAGCACCGGCACCGAUAG